AUGAGGCCCGCCUUUCCAUGAGUUCAGCACCCGGUACGUACCUUUUGCCCCGCAUCGCAUUCCACUCGGAGUGGAUUAACCGCCUCCGUUAUCAGCCCAGACUUUUCAGACCGAUAAGAAAAAAAAAUUCCCAGGCGGGAGAGGGUCGACACUUUUGGUAGCAGCUUGAGAGAAGUCCCUUCUGGCCGCCUUCACUGCACGGUUUUCUACAACGCAAUUCUCGCAUUGCAAAGAACCGCCACAAAAACCACACAAGAUGGACGCCGCCACGAGCAAGAAGAGAAAGUCACGCGACUCCAAUGGCGUGAAAGUCUCCAGCAAAAAGCGAGCCGCCGAGGCAGAGGUCCCCGCCGCCACGACGACCGCAGAGGCCCCCGCGAAGAAGUCCAAGAAGGUGAAGCGCAGCAAGCAGCCCGAGCCGGAAAGCGACAAUGAAGAGGAGAAGGAGCAAGUCGAGGCCGGCAGCGACGCCGAGGAUGUCGAGAACGAGGAGGAGACGGCCGCCGCCAACUUCAAGACGGCACAAGACGACGAAGACGAGGGCAACGGCUCCGACCUCGACGACGACGUCCACGCGCCCGCAAAGGACACCGCCGACGGCGAAAACGACAUCCCCAACGCGCAGCAGCUCUCCCUCCCGCCCGCCGCCGGCGCCGAGGCCCACGACUUUGCCGAGCUCAACCUCUCCGAGAAGACGAUGAAGGCCAUUGGCGACAUGGGCUUCACCAAGAUGACGGAGAUCCAGAGGCGGGGCAUCCCCCCCUUGCUAAGCGGCAAGGACGUCCUGGGCGCAGCCAAGACGGGUUCCGGAAAGACGCUCGCCUUCCUCAUCCCCGCCGUCGAGAUGCUCAGCGCCCUGCGCUUCAAGCCGCGCAACGGCACGGGCGUCAUCGUCGUCUCGCCCACCCGCGAGCUGGCGCUGCAGAUCUUUGGCGUCGCGCGCGAGCUGAUGGCGCACCACUCCCAGACUUACGGCAUCGUCAUCGGCGGCGCGAACCGUCGCGCCGAGGCGGACAAGUUGCAAAAGGGCGUCAAUCUGCUGAUUGCCACGCCCGGCCGCCUGCUGGAUCACCUGCAAAACACCCCCUUCGUCUUCAAGAACCUCAAGUCGCUCAUCAUCGACGAGGCCGACCGGAUAUUGGAAAUCGGUUUCGAGGACGAGAUGCGGCAGAUUGUCAAGAUUUUGCCCAAAAACGACCGCCAGACGAUGCUCUUCUCCGCGACGCAGACGACAAAGGUCGAGGACCUGGCGCGCAUCUCGCUGCGCCCGGGGCCGUUGUACGUGAACGUCGACGAGAAGCAGGAGCACAGCACCGUUGCGAACUUGGAGCAGGGGUACGUGCUCUGCGACGCGGAUAAGCGGUUCCUGCUGCUGUUCUCGUUCCUGAAGCGCAACUUGAAGAAGAAGGUCAUCGUCUUUUUCAGCAGUUGUAACUCUGUGAAGUACCACGCCGAGCUGCUCAACUAUAUCGAUUUGCCGGUGCUGGAUCUGCACGGCAAGCAGAAGCAGCAGAAGCGGACGAAUACGUUUUUCGAGUUUUGCAAUGCCAAGCAGGGUACCCUCAUCUGCACCGACGUUGCCGCUCGUGGUUUGGAUAUCCCCGCAGUAGACUGGAUCGUCCAGGUCGACCCCCCAGACGACCCGCGCGACUACAUCCACCGCGUCGGCCGGACCGCCCGCGGCUCCAACAGCAAGGGCCGCUCCCUCAUGUUCCUCCAGCCCAGCGAGGUCGGCUUCCUGACGCACCUCAAGGAGGCCCGCGUGCCCGUCGUCGAGUUCGACUUCCCCGCCAACAAGGUCGCCAACAUCCAGUCCCUGCUCGAGAAGCUCAUCAACCAGAACUACUACCUCAACAAGAGCGCCAAGGACGGCUACCGCAGUUAUCUGCACGCGUACGCGUCGCAUUCGCUGCGCACCGUGUUUGACGUGAAUAAGCUGGAUCUGGCCAAGGUGGCAAAGAGCUUUGGCUUCUCGACGCCGCCGCGGGUGGAUAUUACUGUCGGCGCGAGCAUGAGUCGGGAUAAGAAGACGCAGGGGAGGAGAGCGUAUGGAAGUCAGCCUAGGAACCAGCAGAGUGGUACUGGUGGGUUCUAUAAGAAGCGGUGAAAGGGAGUUUGAGAGGGGUGGGAUCAGUGGAUGAUGAUGAAGAAGAUGAAGAAGAAAAUGGGAGGAAGAGGUUCUUGUUAUUGCUGAGAUGGCAUGGUUCCUGUGAGAAUAGAUUUUGGUCAGCACGGCGUCGCGUUCAUCAAAAAUCAUGAU